CUGAGACUUUAGAUGGCAUUGGAGAGAUUUCCCCCAAAGAAACUUUAAUUUUUGACAACAACGAUGAUCCACCAGCUGGAAGCUGUUCUGAUUCUGUUCCACUGGUCGUUGCUACAGAUUUUCUCCCUGGAGCAUGCAUGUCUUUCGAUGCGAAUAAAUCGACGAAGGGGGCGUCGAAACUUCGCCGAGACCUCAUCAACGCGGAGAUCGCCAAUCUGAGGGAUCUCCUGCCUCUGCCUUCGUCCACGAGGCAGCGGCUCUCGCAGUUGCAGUUGAUGGCCCUCGUCUGCGUGUACGUAAGGAAAGCCAACUAUUUUCAGCAUGUGUUCAGGAAGCACGAACUACCUCAAGAAAACAUGAUUCCUCACUUUGGCUUCUCAAAGGCUUUGAGCGGUUUCCUCAUGAUGAUGACCCAGAACGGAAAACUUUUGUACAUAUCAGAUAACGCGGCAGAAUAUCUGGGACACUCCAUGGUAAGUUCUUUUAAUUUUAUAAUUAAAGAGUUCUUUCACGAUUCAAGAUGCUCUCAACAUAUUCUACCAUAA